UGUUGAUGUUCGCGCACUGCUCCUGCCUGUGGUCCGCGCUGCUGCCCGGCCGUCUGUGGGCCCGGGCUCAUCCCGCCUCCACAGGAAGUCCCGCCCCCUCCCAGGACCCGUUCACAGCCGCCGGCCCCGGAGCACGAGUGCGCCGGGCCACCGCUGAGGACACCUACUGGGCCUAUUCAGGUAUAUACGGGCCGGAUGAGGGGUGGGCCGGCGCGUACCCGGAAUGCCGUGAGAGGAACCAGUCGCCAAUCAACAUCGUGGAUCAGGAGGCGAAAGUGUCCAUAGAGUACCAAGAGCUGACAUUAGAGGGCUUCAGUGCUGAGUCAUCCAAUAAGACGUCUAUGAAGAAUACUGGGAAAACAGUGGCCAUUAUGUUGAAGGAUGAUUAUUUUGUCCGAGGAGCGGGACUACCGGGACGAUUUAAGGCAGAAAAGGUGGAAUUUCACUGGGGUCCGAGCAAUGGUUCGGAGGGAUCGGAGCACAGCAUCAACGGGCAUCGGUUCCCUGUGGAGAUGCAGAUCUACAUGUACAACUCGGACGACUUCGACAGCCUCACUGCAGCGCUCAGGGAAAAGAGGAUCAUCGCCGCCAUGGCCGUGUUUUUUCAGGUUGGAGCCAAGGAUAACCCGGCUGUGGAACCCAUCAUCCAUGGACUUAAGGGAGUGGUGCAUCAUGAAAAAGAGACCUUCUUAGAACCGUUUGUGCUUAAGGAGCUGCUGCCCUCAUCCCUGGGGAGUUAUUACCGCUACACGGGUUCUCUGACCACACCGCCCUGCAGCAAGGUGGUGGAGUGGAUCAUCUUCAGUCGUCCCAUCUACGUCUCCUAUAAACAGUUGGAGGCGUUCUACUCGAUCUUCACCACGGAGCAGCAGGAUCACGUGAAGAGUGUGGAGUACCUGCGCAGUAACUUCAGACCCAUUCAGAGUCUGGACAACCGUGUGAUCUACAAGUCUGCUGUGAAGGACGCAUGGCUGCCCGAACUUACCGACAACAGCGGGCCCCUGGGAACUGAGGCCUCCAAAGUGUGCAGCAGCGCCCCCUACAACAUGAAGGUGCAGCACGUCAACGGCAGUGCCCUGGUGGUGCGCUGGGCCCACCCGGAGAUCACCUACCACCCGCCCAUCCUGCACUUCCUGGUUUCCUACAGUUGGACCGCCCACGAUGACAGCUACGAGGAAACUCACCUCACCGACGCUCGGCACAAACUGGAGGCGAUCAUCUCCCCUGUGUCUCCGGAUGUCCUGUACCUGUUCAGAGUUCAGGCUGUGUGCAUGAACGACAUGCGCAGUGACUUUAGCCAGAGCAUGCUCUUCAGAGCCAACACCACCAGGAUCUUUGAGGGCACCAGGAUAGUGAAGACGGGGAUGCCCACAGUGUCUCCUGCCUCCUCCGCUGACAUGGCUCCCAUCUCCUCGGGCUCCUCCACCUGGACCUCCUCUGGAAUCCCCUUCUCCUUCGUCUCCAUGGCGACUGGCAUCGGCCCCUCCUCCAGCGGGAGCCAGGCUACCGUGGCGUCCGUUCUGACCAGCACCCUCUUGGCCGGCCUGGGCUUCAGCGGCGGUGUCAUCUCCUCCUUCCCCAGCUCCAUUUGGCCCUCGACACCAUCGCAGAGAACCAAAGAUAACACUGUGGAAGAGAGGGAGGAGACCAAAGAGGAGCGUGAGGAAGAGGGGGAGGAAGAGGAGGAGAAGACGAAGAAAAGAAAGUCAAAAGAAGGAGAGAGAAAGACAGACCAAGAACAAGCAGGGGCGGAAGAAGAGGACACGGAAGAGAACUCAGAUCACCAAAGAAACCUUACGCACUCUGAAGGUGCCCGUGGAACGACCAUCCUGAGUAGGCCAAGGGGGUCAGAUAUUUACUUGGACCUGGAGAUGACCCGUGUGGACUGGCCCCUCCCGCUCGUGACUCUCUCCGCUCUCACCUCUGCGUGUACUGUUCUGCUCUUGACUGCGCUUGGCUACUGCAGAGAGUUGAGCCUCAGUUUGGAUCACUAUCAGCAUGUGGCAGACGAACCCGUGCCCCUCGUGCUCUGCAGGAUGAAUGCGCUCUGCUCCCUUCUCUGUGUCAAGUACAGACGCUGCUUCCAGGCUCAUCACUUGUACGUGGAAGAUGGCUCCUCACCCAGAGCUCUGCCUAGUGACAGUUCAUCUGCUGUCACUAUCCCAGAUAACGCAGAGGCCGUCUCUGUCCAGGAUUUCAUCAAGCAUGUGUCACAACUCCAUUCCAAUAAGCAACACGGAUUCUCUGAAGAGUUUGAGGACAUCCAGCGUUGUGCGGCAGACACCAGGACCACAUGGGAGCACUCCAACCACGCAGAGAACAAGCACAAGAACAGAUACAUCAACAUAGUGGCCUAUGAUCACACUCGAGUGAAGUUGAAGCCACUAACGGGGAAAGAGUCCAGACAUAAUGACUACAUCAACGCCAACUAUGUGGACGGCUAUAAUAAACUCCAAGCAUACAUUGCCACCCAGGGACCUCUCAAGGCAACUUAUGAAGACUUCUGGAGAAUGGUUUGGGAGCAAAACACUGGCGUCAUCGUGAUGAUUACCAACUUAGUGGAGAAGGGCCGGAGGAAAUGUGGGCAGUACUGGCCCUCAGAGAACAGUGAAGAAUAUGGCAGCAUCAUGGUUACACUGAAGAGCACUCAGGUCUAUGCCUGCUACACUGUCCGCUGCUUCACGCUGCGCAACACCAAGGUCAAGAAGGGUACAAGAGGAGCAUCUAAAGGCCGUGCACACAGUGAGCGCACAGUGCUUCAGUAUCACUACACGCAGUGGCCAGACAUGGGAGUGCCCGAAUACACCCUCCCAGUGCUCACGUUUGUCCACCACUCGUCAGCCGCGCAGACACCAGACAUGGGUCCUAUGGUCGUCCACUGCAGUGCUGGAGUGGGGCGCACUGGGACGUACAUUACCAUCGACAGUAUGCUGCAGCAGAUCAGACACAAGAGCACAGUCAACGUGUGUGGCUUCCUCAAGCACAUACGCACACAGAGAAACUACCUUGUCCAGACGGAGGAGCAGUACAUCUUCAUCCACGAUGCCUUGAUGGAAGCCAUUUUGGGGAAAGACACUGAGGUGGCUGCUAAACAUCUCCACAGCUACCUGCAGACCAUCACCAGAGCCGACCACAGCGGCUGCUCCAGGCUAGACUCACAGUUCAAACUCAUAACACAAUGCAACGUCAGAUCUACAGACUGCUUGAGUUCUCAAAAAGAGUGCAACAAAGAGAAGAACCGAAAUUCCUCCAUAGUCCCAACGGAGAGAGCCAGGGUCGGACUUGCACCUUUGCCCGGGUUGAAAGACACAGACUACAUCAAUGCCUCUUAUAUUAUGGGUUACUAUCGCAGUAAUGAGUUCAUCAUUACCCAGCAUCCCCUCCCACACACCACUAAAGACUUCUGGAGAAUGAUCUGGGACCAUAAUGCACAAAUUAUUGUUAUGCUGCCUGCAGAUAAUAGCCUGGCUGAGGAUGAGUUUGUGUACUGGCCCAGUCGAAAAGAGUCCAUCAACUGUGAGGCGUUCACUGUCACCCUGAUUAGUGAGGAACAACUCUGUCUGUCCAAUGAGGAGCAGCUCAGCAUCAACCAUUUUAUUCUGGAAGCCACACAAGAUGACUAUGUCUUAGAAGUGCGACAUUUUCAGUGCCCCAGGUGGCCCAACCCUGACGCCCCGCUCAGCAGCACCUUUGAAUUGAUCAAUGUGAUCAAAGAGGAGUCAGCCAACAGAGAUGGGCCGACCAUCGUGCACGACGAACUGGGCGCGCUGUCAGCAGGCCUGCUCUGUGCUCUCACCACUCUGUCUCAGCAGCUGGAGUGUGAAGGCAUCGUAGAUGUUUAUCAAGUGGCCAAGAUGAUCAACCUCAUGAGGCCUGGAGUUUUCACUGAUGUUGAGCAGUACGAGUUCCUGUACAGAGCUGUGCUCAGCCUGGUCUCCAGUCAGGACGGUGUGGGGCCCACAGACAUUAGGGAGACACAGUUCAUCACAGACAAGGCCCAGAGUGUGUAGGCUCUGCUCAAACACAGGGUCCCACACAGGAGGGGACUCCCUCUGGACUAUUGUGGACAAGACUUUUUGAGGCCUUUUUGCCAGACUCUUGGUUAAAAUAACCUGAUUACUUUUUUACACUGAAAAGUUUUUGAUAUUUAUUUUUUUCGCCAUUUUAUGUCAAAAAGUUCUCCUACUGAAGAGUCUGCUCCUGCGCUUUUCAGUUCAAUGACAGUAGGCAACGAGAAACACUUUUGUCUGUUCUUGUUUGCACUAAAAUGUCAGUGUUACUGCCUCUACUACAGUCUCUUGGAUCUCAUUCACUCCAGCUGGUUUAACAUUCCAUGGCCUUGGACUUUAAGUAACUGUUUCUGGAAACCCUUGCUCAUCCUGCCACCUGCUGGUGGAAAACAGUGUUGCCUGACAUCUCCAGAGUCACACAGUUCUCACACACUCCCUGGCCAUUUUAUUAGAGACACGUGUUUAUUUUCACUCAUCUAAUCAUCCUACAGUACAGCACCUCAAUGCCUUUUAUACAUACAUAAGAACACCAAAAUAACACCGUACCAUAGAAUCACAUUUACAGCCUAUAGCCGCACAGAGGAACGUCCCUUUGUAGGAUACUUACCCUAUCAUCCACAUGGUAAACGCAACCCAUCUUAUGAUAGCCCACUCUAUCAUUCUGAAUGCAAGCAUGUGAUUGGCUAACUUGCCUUGAUGCACUGAAUCAUUCAUAUUCCAUAUCUACAUAAGAUUAAAUAUGCCUCAUACUGCUCCUGCCUAGUGGUUGGGUAAGUCCAUAAUAAAGUGCUCAUACGCUGUCUCAAAUCAAGUGGCCAAUGAAUGUAUGUCAUUGUUCUAAGACAGAGAUCACACUUUUACAUCCUGGUUAUUCAUCGGUUUGUCAGUUCUUCUGUUGACACUUCUUCUGAAUUUAGUCUCAUCCACAUCGGAGAAUCUUAGGUGGUGUAACAACUGCUACUGUGAAAUUCUUAUUUGUUUGUAUAAUUCAUAAUAUGCUUUUUAAUAUAUGGUGAUACUGUAUGUAUACAUAUAUAAAUAUAUCCUUAUCAUAAUAA